UCACUUGCUCUUAUCACAGCUGCUGUCAUGUCAUCUUUUUUCGGCUUUGUUUAUUAAAAUAAUUUGAAGAAACUUUCUUCAUAACAGUGUAUUUUCCUUAAAUAAAUCUGUCUUAAAUACGUUUCUUCCUUCCGCAUUUCUUAAGAACCUAUGUGUGCAUUGAUUACAUUUACAAAGUGGACAGGAAGGGAAAAUUAAUACAUUUAGUGAUUUUGUGAAAUUUCGUGUUAUUAAUCGGAAAUUACGUGAAUUAAUACAAACUGCAGGAUGUUGUCUUCAUUUUAUCGCAACAUGAGACUGCCCAGAAUGUCGGCAGCGUACAGCACCGCAGCCAAACCUAAGACUGCCAUAGUCCUUCUCAACAUGGGAGGACCGAAGACCACUGAUCAGGUGGGUGACUACUUACACCGUAUCAUGACAGACCGCGACAUGAUCCAGCUGCCAGUACAGAGCCGGCUCGGGCCGUGGAUCGCGCGCAGGCGCACCGACGAGGUCAAGAAGAAGUACGAAGAGAUAGGAGGAGGAUCGCCCAUAUUCAAGUGGACGGAGACACAAGGGAGACUAUUAACAGAUGAGUUAGACAAGAAGCUGCCGCAGUCAGCGCCACAUAAGUCAUACGUCGCCUUCAGAUACGUGCCGCCCUUUACAGAGGACACCUUCCAACGGGUUGAGCAGGAGGGCGCCGAACGCGUGGUAAUAUUCUCGCAAUACCCGCAAUAUAGCUGCGCCACCACAGGAUCCAGUCUCAACGCCAUUGCGGAUUACUUCAAGGAACGACCAAUCCCCACAAACGUGCAGUUCAGCAUGAUAGAGCGCUGGGCGACGCAUCCGCUGCUUGCGCAGGCGCAUGCUACGCGCAUCCGAGAGAAGCUGGACAAGUUUGACGCCCAAAUUCGUUCCGAUGUACUCAUACUCUUCACUGCGCACAGCCUGCCGCUCAAGGCAGUAUCUCGCGGCGACACGUACCCUCACGAAGUGGCUGCGACAGUCGCGGCGACGAUGGCCAGUCUUGGAGUUCCCAACCCUCACAGGCUGGUGUGGCAGUCCAAGGUGGGCCCGUUACCGUGGCUGCAGCCCUACACAGAUGAUGCCAUCAAGGACUACAGCAAAAAAGGCCACAAACACAUGAUUCUGGUGCCGAUCGCGUUUGUCAACGAGCACAUUGAAACAUUACACGAAUUGGACAUCGAGUACUGUGACGAACUCGCUAAAGAGGCGGGAGUCGCGCAGAUUGAACGCGCGGCGACGCCAAACGACCAUCCGACGUUUAUCGCGGCCCUCGCCGAUAUAGUGGCCACGCAUCUCAAGAGCGAUACACCAAGGGUCUCCAAACAGUUUCUCACCAGGUGUCCACACUGCGUUAGCCCAAGGUGUCAAAUGUCAAAGAAUUUCUUCAAGAGGCUAUGCGGGAUCAAUGUGAACAGAGAACCAAUUGUAACUAACUCUUAAAUUGCACAAAAAAGACACAAAACGAAAAAUAGGUUAGAAAACAUAGUGUGAAAUUUUUGGGUUAGGUAAGCGGACUCUGAACGGGAUAACGCUUAAAUGAUGUUAGAAAAGUAAUAUUGGAACGUGUCGCCUUCCAUCGAUACACUGUCACAUUAUCGUGGCUAUUUGGCACAUCUGCAUGGCCAUUUCGUCACCAUUUACCUGAUCCCCUGAUGUAAACCCUCCCCCACUCUUAUGCAAUCUGUCCCUUACAGUUAUCAUAGUUUAUUUAUUCAUUUUAUUUUUACAGUUUUACAUUCAUGACAGUAAAAACCAAUUGGAAUGAAACAAACACAUAUUUUAACUAGAAAUAGCGAAAUGCCACAUCUGUGAAUUUGGCCACCGAACAGCUGUACAGGUCAACGUCCGCUAUUGAUCGCUCCGUCACCUUUUGUUACACUUUUUCGAGAGGAGUCAUCCUCUGGAGACUUUAUCUCCACUAGUUUUUCUCCACUCCUGUACACAAAACCCUCUCCCCUCCAUUACGUCCUUGGGCCUGUUUCAUAAAACUUACAAUUGUAAAUUACAACGACAAUUUGGUGUUCAUUACGUAGCUAAUAUGAAACUGCAAAAUAUUCGCGGUCACACAUUCCGCAAUGUACAUCAAAUUGUCAUUGUAAUUUACAAUUGUAAGUUUUAUUAAACAGGCCCCUUAUCGCCAUUUUGUCACAUUCCUUUACUCACUUCGUCACAUUUGCAUGACCACUAUGUCACAUUUGCGUGACCACUAUGGCACAUUUGCGUGACCACUAUGGCACAUUUGCAUGACCACUAUGUCACAUUUGCGUGACCACUAUGUCACAUUUGCGUGACCACUAUGACACAUUUGCGUGACCACUAUGGCACAUUUGCAUGACCACUAUGUCACAUUUGCAAAACCACUAUGGCACAUUUGCAUGAGCACUAUGUCACAUUUGCAUGACCACUAUGUCACAUUUGCAUGAUCACUAUGGCACAUUUGCAUGAGCACUAUGUCACAUUUGCAUGACCACUAUGUCACAUUUGCGUGACCAUUCGGUGAUUUCUUUCGCCAUGAAUAUGUGAUUACGUGACUCAUUUGGCAAAGGGUUUUAUUUUUUUUUUGUUUAUCAGACAGAUUAAUAUAUUUCAGAAGAUGCUUCCAUAUUAUUGUGCCAUUACACAGACUUGUCAUAUUUAAAUCAGGGGGGUUAAAAUGGCCACAUCGAAGCAAUCCAUCUAAGGAAGCAAUAUUGCAAUUUGACAUUUGCGCAUGUGAAAUUGCAAUAUUGCUUUCUUAGAUGAAUUGCUUCGAUGUGGCCAAUUUAACCCCUUUAUUAUCAUAGAUAUAGUGUAUUUUCAAUCCAGAAGCGCAGGUUUGAGGCCCGGCACCAGAACUUGUCAAUGAGUUGUUGAUUUAUCUUAAGUGCAGUUUUCACUCACAGUUGGCUCGACCAUUAUAGACGGCGAUACGGCUCACCUAUCACGUCGGUCUAACAGAAAGCUCAGUAGCACUACCGACUUAUGGUAAUCGCAAUUUAAAAGCCGUAUUUGACGUCGAUUUUUUUUUUAAUUUCUGGGUUUUUUUUUUGGGUUUAAAAGCACGUUUGGGUUUCCUAUAUUUUUAUUUGGUUUUCAAUGGUUUUGUUAGUAUUUUUACUAAAGGGAUUUCACUUCUAAAGCUGUGCGUCCACUUUACUGGUCUCGGAGCGUACGAAGCAUCUUUACGAAAGAGAGACUUUCCAGGCUACGUUCACCAAAAACAAUACAGAUGGCGUUGUACAGCUAUUUCUAUUUCUAUUACCUAUUUUCUCAUUACUACAUACACAUACAUAAACUCACGCCCGUUAUCCCUAAUGGGGUGGGCAGAGCCACAAGUAAUCAAAGACAACUUGCAGCCACUGUUGAUACGAUAUCGUAAGCUGGAUAUGAUGAACCUUAUGGUGAUAAGGGAUCAGCCUAUCGCCCAUAACAUUAGUCCAUCAUGUUAGAGGACAAAAUCCCUCUGUCGGUUUUUACGACAUGCCCGGGAAGACAAGCAGCUGAACGUGUUCUAUGUUUUUUAUUUGCUCCCAGAACAGCAUAGAAGCAAAUUUCUUAUCUCAUUACUCGGGUACAUAAUUAUUCCAAUAUACAAUGUAAUGGCAGAAGCAUAUAUAAAAAUAAUUGUUGCUUGAUAUUUGGAUCACAUUAUGUAUAGAAUUAUGUUGCUACCUAUAUUGCUUCUCUUUAUUUUGAUUAGAAUAAUAAUGGGUAGAAGAUUUUUUUUUCUUUUCUCUUUAUUUUUUAAGGAGGGUUUUACCUAAAGGCAUGACACCCUCAUAAUGAGGCACCAAUAAAAUUAAGUAAGAAAAUCUUAAACUAGUUUUACACUUUUCGGCUCUUAAUGCCAAAAUGCACUAAAUUAAAUAGAACUUUAGCAUCUGCCGAUUCUGGAGACGCCAAAAUACUAUUCACAAUACCGACAUUGUAAUUCCUAGACAUACACCUUCCCCGUAACGAUUCAUUCCGAUCACACUCCACCGUAAUGUGUGUCACAUCUUCAAUAAUACCGCAUAAGUCACAGUUUGGGCAUUCUAUCUUGCCCAUCAUGAAUCCGAAGCUAUUCAGUGGGAUGUGACCGCAACGAAGUCGAAACGCUAGAACUAAAUCAUGUCUAUUUACUUGUAAUUGUACUUGAGUGUAAUAAAAAGGGCCAUUAUUUACCCAUAUAUCCAAAAACAAAGUCUUUUAUGUAAAAUGUCUGAUAUCCAUGAAAUUAGAAGGUUAAACGAAGGAAAAUCUGUACAGCGCCAUCUGUACUGUUUUGAGGAACGUAGCCUCGAAAGUCUAUUCGCGAGAAAUGCAUUUUCGAAGGUAUGUGACCUAACCUGUAUUGGGGUGGUUUUCCCUUCGCGGGUUAGAAGGUCAGACAGGCAGUCGCUUCUGUAAAAACCGGACCUGUCAAAUCUUCAGGUUAGGUAAGCGGACACUGUGAAGGAUUUUUGCAGAUUAUCGUUUAUACAGGUUCAAUUGAUUACCUCCUUUUUUGAAGUCGGUUAUAAGCUGCUUCGUUUGCUCCGAUUUCGGCCAAGUGUACUCACAACUAGACAAUUUUUUUUUCAUUUUUACAGACAUAAGGUAAUGAAAUAACAAGCAUUUUAAGUGAAACACGUUACCUCGCUAUAAGCAGCAAACGGUUGUAAAUGGGUGAUAGUAUACAGGGUGUUAGUGAUAACGUAACGAAUACUGAAGGGAUGAUUCAGACCAUGAUCACACCCCAGACACUUCAUACAAACAACCACGUUCUACACAGACACUUCAUCAUCAGCCCAUUAACGUCCCCACUGCUGGGGCACGGGCCUUCUCUAUGGAUGGAUAGGGAGAUCGGGCCUUAAACCACCACGCGGGCCCAGUGCGAAUUGAUGGUUAUUAACGACUGCUAAUGCAGCCGGGACCAACGGCUUAACGUGCCUUCCGAAGCACGGAUGAGCUAGAGAUAAAAACUUUCUUUUUUGUGGUCACCCAUCCUAUGACCGGCCUUUGCGAAAAUUGCUUAACUUCAACAAUCGCAGACCGAGCACGUUAACCGCUGCGCCACCGAGCUCUUCAACACAAACACUACACAUUGACAUUAUCGUACACGCGCAUCUGUGUGUGUGACGUCUGACUUCAUACGAUUCAAGUCUAAACUAUGUUGGAGUUGGGGGUGAGGUAAACCUAGCUCAGCCGCUGGUGGGGAGCGGGGAGUUGCCGUUCUAUAAGUAGUAUUAUUCCUUAUUCUAUGCCAUGAUUCUGAGUUGAUAUCAAGCGGAAUUUCCUGUCGGAAAAGUCAUGAAUAUUUUAGUGUUUUUUUUUAUUAUUUUCUGUUCAUUUUUUAAUAAAUCGCUCGCGAUUGGCCACAAUCUUCCUUGAUGGUAAGUGACGAUAUGGUCUAGGGUGGAUCACGCUUACCUACCAAAUGCCUUUUCACUCUAGCCUUGAAGACUCCCAGAUUAUAACGAGUCGGAAAAACAGACGACGGCAGACAGUUCCAGUCCUUUGCUGUUCGCAUCAAAAAAAGAGGCAAAACGUUUAGUGCGGAUGGGUGGUAUAUCCACAACUUUACUUUUGCGACGGAAUAUUCCAAAAAAAAAAAGUAUAUUUGAUUUGAUUCCACUUGAUAUCAACUCGGAAUCACGGUCUGAAUCAUCCCUCAAAGUUUUCGUUACGAUGUCACUAACACCCCGUAUUAUAAUUUUAUAAGUGAUUCAUGAAUAAACUAUUUAUUGUUUUUA